UCGCCGCGGCGACUUGUGGCGUCGUCGACGUGUAAACCGAACGUUGUUAUCCGCAGAAGCUGUUCUUUUUUUUCUGUUCCAUCGCGCUCGGUCGCAGUCGGAAACGACACGUUUAACCGUUCUCUCCCGUUCUCCAAUCGUCUUUCCGGUGUGUUUACCAACAAUCACGAGGACCAGGGGCAAACAGGCAGGCAAGAGGGGCAAGGCAACGCGAGGCAGGCAGCCAGGAGACAAGCAGGCCGGGGUUUCGGUAACGGUGAUUCGUGGGAUCGGAACCGAUCGGACAGAGGACCUUCGAUUCAAUUCGUUCCCAACGUUCCGUUCCGUUGACGCCUGCCCGUCACGGACGACGGGCAGCCGACGUACCCGUCGAUCGAAUACAAGUUCGUUCUUCCUUCCCCACGAACCCCUAUUUUUGUUUUCCUUCGUUCGGUGGUCCCCCUGGAAGAGGAUCAUCCCCCAGGGAGAAUCGUAUUUGGUGAAGAACCGACGCGCACACAGUGGUACUCAAUUUCUAUCGGAGCGCGAGAGCUGACCCGCGGCAAAGCGCACGAGAGAGCAGCUCGUAUUUCUCGUCGAGUCUAUUCUCUGCUCGGGUACGGGCCGCCGGUUGCGAAGCGUCACGUGCGGGUGCCUGACACGGCUGCCGUACCCGUGGGUCCGAUCGAGCGAUCGUCCGUGGACGCAGCUGCGCCGAUAGUACAAAAGGGAAAAGAAACGAGGAAGAAGGGAAAUAUAAGUGGACCAGGAGGAACGGUGUGAUUGGAUCGGAUACACAUGUAAAAACGUAACUAACCGAGAGAGGUAUACCUGUGAAACAUCGGGGGUGAGAGACGUGCCGUGUUCACCGCGUCCCGACGACAGCGAGACGAGAGGCUCUUACCAGAUGUAAGUGAAGGAAUGCUUUCACAGUGCAGAUCACGUAUUGUGCGAGUAUAAAUUCUAGUUUGUGGCUCCCUGGAGAUCGGCGAGGAACGCCAGCGUCGGGUCGCAAUGAUGGAGUCCCUCUGCCAGGUGAACGGCACCAAGACGAAUGCCGUCAACGGAGGCAACGAGAUCAAUAACACCAAUGGAAACAACAAUCCGGAGUGCCCCGACCCCCAGCAGAGGUUGGCGGUGCUCAGUUUCGAGCAGGUCCGCCGAUUGAACGACGUGAUGAACGAGGUCGUCUCGAUCCACGGCAGAGGAAACUUCCCAACCCUGGAGGUCCGACUGAGGGACCUAGUGACGGUGGUGCGAAGCAAACUGGAGACUGACACCAGCAACGGCGGGGCCGGCAUGAGGGUACGGGACAUCCGGCUAAACGGCGGUGCCGCGUCCCACGUUUUAGCGACCGAGUCGCAACCGUACAACGACCUGGACCUGAUAUUCGCGGUGGAGUUGUCGAGCGGGCGAAAUUACGACAAGGUGAAGGCCGCGGUGCUCGGCUCUUUAUUCGACCUGCUGCCAGAAGGCGUGAGCCGCAAGCGUAUCACCACGUGCAGCUUGAAGGAGGCGUACGUGAGUAAAAUGGUGAAAGUGAACAACGACGGUGACCGGUGGUCCCUGAUCUCCCUCGGCAACUCGCGGGGUCACAGGAACGUCGAGCUUAAAUUCGUCGACUCGAUGAGGCGGCAGUUCGAAUUCUCCGUUGACUCGUUCCAGAUCGUCCUCGAUUCGCUCCUCCUCUUCUACGAGUGCAGCAAACUGCCGAUCGGCGAGAACUUUUACCCGACGGUAGUUGGCGAGUCCGUAUACGGCGACUUCCAGGAAGCGCUCUAUCAUCUCCACAAGAAGCUGAUCUCGACGAGGCAUCCAGAAGAGAUCCGCGGCGGCGGACUGCUCAAGUACUGCAACCUCCUCGUCAAGAUGUACAAACCUUCCCAGCCCGACUAUAUCAAGACCCUCGAGCGAUACAUGUGCUCGAGAUUCUUCAUCGAUUUCCCGGACAUCACCCAGCAGCGUGCCAAGCUCGAGAAUUACCUGUGGAACCACUUCGUGGGGCCCGAGGAAGAGGCCCUGAAGUACCAAUACCUGACGCUGUUAUACAACGUCGUGGAGGAAUCCACUGUGUGCCUGAUGGGCCACGAAAGACGACAGACCCUGUCACUAAUCGAGAGCCUUGCCUAUCAGGUGCUGUGCCAAGAGCAACAGCAACGGCUGACGAAUCAUCAGCAGCCACCGCCCGGUCCGCCUGCCACCUACGUUUACGCGAACGGUUACUAUUACGCUCCCGUCAUACCUACCGCGUGCUACACGUGCACUUGCAACUCGUGGAUGGCGUGCUCGUCGUGAUGCGAUACAGACGCCAACGCCAUCGUCGCCACUAGCACCGCCAUCACCGCCACCGC